CAACCGACCAUAACUUGCUCAUCACAUCACGCUUUUAGAGGACACCGGAAGUGACUGCCUUUCACCAUGAGCUAACCUUCGCAGUUCGAUAAGUCACUCAUUCUACAAUUCACCUUAUGACCCGCACCUUCAGUCCAAGGUCCUCAUCCGUUCAAAGUCUCAUGUACAAGUUACUGGGUCAAAAUUCCGACAAAGCUUUGCCUCGGAAACUGGCAUCGACACCUUUUGCCGCUUCGCUGCUAUCCCCAGUAUCACCCGACGAAAUGCCACAACGUCGUUUGCAAUUGCAACGAAUUGUCAACAUUUCCGUGUUGAAUUCCGUUCGGGACAAGAAAAACCACCUCGUCAUCACGUUAGAGUUGUCACUCAAGCCCGAAUUGCCACGCGAACAGGUCGGCAUUUUUGUCCCGAACAACGCGCCAGUGGCACACGAGAUCACGAUGACGUUCCACGAUGUGAAUCAGCUGAGCAAGGUGUUGACAUAUUGCGUCGAUGAAUCGGCAAAAGGUUGCGACAACAACUGCGAUUUUUGCUCAAGUCUCCGAACGUACCUGGGUAACCAUUGGGCGAGAGAUCCAUUGGUGACUGUCAUCAAUAUGGGCGAGACUGUUCUUCGCAAACCUUCGCUGGCUAUGCAUCUGGCUCAAUUGGUGGCGUUCGCGACGAGGGGGAGUAUGACGGUGGCUGCAGUUGCGAAGGAUAAGAGCGGGGUGCAACUUGUACCACAGCUUUCGCCGGUUGGACAACAAAAGAAAGAUAAGGAUGAUGAAGUGUGCACAGCUCAAAACGCAGUGGCCAUGGUGGUUUACGACUUCUUCGGUGUAUUUGGUCAGACUUCGGUAGCCUCAAGCAGCCCAACGAGGGAAUUGUAAGCGAGUUGUCCGGUUGAUGUUUUUAAACGUUUAGUACGAGUUUACUUCAAA